AUGGAUAGAGAACAAGAAGAGAUGCAGUUUCUUGGAAUUUUCGACAUCUACAAAGAAUCCUACAAGAUCAUCUUCACAUGGAGGAGGAUCUUCAGCCAGAUCACUCUUAGCCUGAUUCUUCCUCUAUCUUUCAUCUUCCUAGCUCACAUCCAGAUAUCCGAACUCAUCUUCUCCAAUAUCAUCGAUGACGAAAUACAGUUAGAUCAUACAAGCGCUGGCUCUCCAAGAAACAAGAAACUAAACAAUCUCCUCUCCUCCGAAUGGACCUAUUUCUGGCUCUUCAAGAUUGCAUACUUCACUAUCUUUCUUAUCUUCUCCCUUCUAUCAACCGCAGCAGUUGUUUACACCAUUGCUUGCAUUUAUACAGGGAGAGAAGUCACUUUCGCCAAGGUUAUGAGCGUAGUCCCUAAGGUUUGGAAGAGGCUCAUGGUCACAUUUUUGUGUAUUUUUGCUGCUCUUUUUGCCUACAACAUAGUUGCUGUCCUGCUCUUUAUCGCAUGGGCUUUUUUUAUUUCAGAAACAAGUAUUGGGGUGUUGACUUUCAUUGGUUUAUUGAUUUUGUAUUUCGUGGGUAUUGUGUACAUGAGCAUAAUUUGGCAGCUGUCUAGUGUUGUGUCCGUGUUAGAGGAGGCUUGUGGAGUUAAGGCCAUGGUGAAGAGCAGGGCUCUGAUAAAAGGUAAGAUGUGGGUAACAACCAUCAUAUUCUUCAAGCUGAAUGUGUCUCUAUUCGUAAUUCAGGUAGCAUUUGAGAAGCUGGUGGUUCAUGGAAGAUCCUUAGGCAUGGUGAAUAGGGUAUCAUAUGGGAUAAUUUGUUUCUUGUUGCUUUUUAAGUUGUUUCUGUUUUUACUUGUAAUCCAAACAGUGAUUUACUUCGUCUGCAAAUCAUAUCACCAUGAAAACAUCGACAAAUCAGCCCUAUCAGAUCACCUUGAAGUUUAUCUGCUUGGAGAGUAUGUUCCUUUGAAGGCUAAGGACGUCCAGCUUGAGCAAUAUGAAGUUUGA